AGUGAUUCGGUUCGUUCCACGAAUCGAGUUCCCGUCAUCGCUCGUCGUCACUCCACGACCAUCUGCGACGGCGACCGAGUCUUGAACGUCGUGCUACUCCGCGUACCCCGCUCGUGCCUGCUGGGCGGCCUGCUGUUUUCGCGUACGGCGUGCCAGGACUGCCAGAUUCUAUGUGUUGACAUCCCGCGCAAGAAGAGACGCGAGAGUGGAUCCGGCGCGCCUGAAUCACCCAUCUCCCCAGUUCGUGUAAGUGAACAGCGACGCGAUUGCAGGCGACCACGAUGUCCGCGAUAUUCGAUAUCGAGCUGCAGGAUGCAGGAUUGCCGCACAGGGACGAGUCGGAGGACGACGACAUCAUCGAGAUCGACGCGGAGGAAUGCGUCACGCUGAACGAGCAUGAGAUCGUAAGCUCGUCUGACGUGGUGGAGACGGUGGCGAUCUCGGAGCAUAAUGUUAAUCACACGCAUGAGAAGGUCGGACCGCAGGACUUCGAAUUGUGCAAAGUUAUUGGAAAAGGCGGCUAUGGCAAGGUGUUUCAAGUGCGCAAAAUAACGGGAAACGACACUGGCACGAUCUUCGCUAUGAAGGUAUUGCGCAAGGCUUUGAUUGUAAGAAAUCAAAAAGAUACAGCUCACACUAGAGCUGAAAGAAACAUCUUGGAAUCCAUAAAGCAUCCUUUUAUCGUAGAUCUCAAGUAUGCCUUCCAAACUGGUCAUAAAUUAUAUUUGAUAUUGGAAUAUAUGUGCGGUGGUGAAUUGUUCCAUCAUUUAAAUGAUGAAGGAAUUUUCAUGGAAGAUACUGCGCGUUUUUAUUUAUGCGAAAUUACAUUAGCUCUACAACAUCUUCACUUGCAAGGAAUUAUAUACAGAGAUUUGAAACCAGAAAAUAUUUUAUUGGAUGCAGAUGGGCAUAUUAAGUUAACUGAUUUUGGAUUAUGUAAAGAGCAUAUACAAGAAGGUGCUCUUACGCAUACAUUUUGCGGAACUAUCGAAUAUAUGGCACCUGAGAUUUUAACGAGAAGUGGACACGGGAAAGCAGUAGAUUGGUGGAGUCUAGGAAGUUUGACGUAUGACAUGCUUACAGGAGCACCACCAUUUAGCUCAAAUAGCAGGAAGAGAACUAUCGACAGAAUUCUACGUGGCAAAUUAUCUCUCCCAGCAUAUUUAACUGCCGAUGCUAAAGAUCUUAUUCGAAAAUUAUUGAAGAGACAAGUUGCGCAAAGAUUGGGAUCAGCUCAGUCGGAUGGUGAAGAAGUAAAGGCACACAAAUUCUUCAAACAUAUCAAUUGGAGCGACGUUAUAUCUCGACAGUUAAAACCUCCUUUUAGACCAAAAUUGUCUAGCAAAGAAGAUGUAUCACAGUUUGAUAAGAAAUUUACUACUUCAGCACCAAUAGACUCUCCAGUAGAUUACACUUUGAGCGAGUCAGCUGAUGGGCUAUUUCAGGGAUUUACAUAUGUAGCUCCAAGUAUAAUGGAAGAUUUAUUUCUUCAACAAUCCUAUUUAAGUACCAUGUCAUCACCACGAGUCAUAAAAGCUAGAAGUCCUCGCAAAGCAACUCGCGGUUUUUCACCUCGGACAACGCAUCUUCAUUUUCACAAUACCCAUUUACCAAAUCACACAACGCAGUAGGAAAAAAUAGACAUAAGCAAGAGUGAUUGUAAAUCACUCACGAAAGCUCCAAACUACCCAAGUGUUCAGUAGGCCAUGCUAGCAAGCAAAUAUCUUUUAAUUAUUUAUAACAGAUAACCGGAUAGUCGAAAUGUAAUAUUGCUCGACACUCUUUCUCUCAGAUAUUUUUUGUCCAUACAUGGAAACGUUCUCUUGCAAGCAAGUUGCAUUUCGACUACAUAAAUAAGUACGUAUAUAUCUUAUAAAAUCACGUUAUAUACUCACAGCUGUAUUUAAGAGAAAUGUGUAUUCAGAGACAAUGAGAAUUUCUAAUCGGUUUUUCAGUACGUAUCUGAACACAUGUAUUUUCGACUUUAAAGCAGGAAUGUGCCUACAGAGUUGUCAAGACGCUGUUCGAAGAUAUAUAUUACUCGACGACAUACUGAAAUUUAUAAGAGAGAUACCAAUUAUGUGUCCUGAAUUACCCACUGUCAGAUUUUGAUAGAUACCAAAACUGCUGUAUAAACUAUAUAACUGUUACCUAAGAUUCGCUUUAAAUUAAAGCAUGCCAGAAUUAUGCGGAAACGCUACUUGACAUCACUGCCUCACACAACGCACGCGUUGUUACUUCCGCGGGAUUCCAUGUUAUGAGUCUUGUUUAUGAAAUCAGGGCAUUUUUGCAAGUGAGAGACCGAGAGUGCGUCUCGCGAGCACGAGAGAGUUUUAGUAGAUUAAUUCUCCAAAUUAAAUCGACGCGCUCUCAAGGAAACAUUGGUGCUGAUGCGGUUUAUUUUGAUUUUUACUUUUAGGAGGAAUUAGCUGUUUUUAUUAUUGUUUUAAUGAUUGUUUAAAUAAUUAGACAAAUGUUUUAUAUAUACCGCGUCAUGCGAUGGUCUCGUGCUCAUUUCUAAUAUGUUAGUUAAGUUCAAUCUUAAUCAAAUUAUAUUGUAGUUAUAAGAUUUUUUUGGCAAUAAGUAUAACUUCCGUCUUACCGUCAGUUCUCACGCAAGAGUGCCAGGAAUCUGUGCACUUCGGAUAUCAUUGUCGGAUGUUCGCAUGCGCGCGAACAAAAAGAUAUUCGAAUAGUAUACAACGAGAACUGACAUAUCUGCCGUUCGUUAAGCGAAUCGAUUUGACGAUUCGAUUCUAGUUCUAUUUUGAUAAGACAAAAAUUAA